AUGGACGCACACCAACUGCCCAGCUCCGUUCCGGAGUCUCAGGUCCUCAUUAUCAUGACCGGUGGAACGAUCUGUAUGCAGCGAUCUCCCUCGGGCUUCGUGCCAGCACGCCACUUUCAACAGACCUGUCUCGCCAAAAUACCCAUCUUCAACGACGGCUCGCAGCCGCAGGUGUUCCUGGAUGUGGUUGUGAAUUCUGCGGGUGAACGCAAGAAAUGUUCGAGUCUGCGAACACCGCCCAGUUUAUACGAGCGCCAGGUCCGGUACACUGUCUUUGAGUUUGAGGAACUCCUUGACAGUAGCUCGAUUGAUUCCAAGGGAUGGGCGGAAAUCGCCCAGACGAUCUACAAUAAUUAUACUUUAUUCGAUGCUUUUGUUAUCCUUCAUGGAACUGACAGCUUGGCGUAUACGUGCUCUGCGCUGAGCUUCAUGCUUCAGAAUCUCGGAAAGCCCGUGAUUCUUACAGGGUCGCAGGCACCCAUGUCCGAGCUGCAGAAUGAUGCAUCUGACAAUCUUCUGGGAAGUCUGGUGGUAGCUGGGCAUUUCAUGAUUCCCGAAGUGUGUCUCUACUUCAACUACAAGCUCUUCCGGGGCAACCGAGCAACCAAGGUUGCAGCCAGUGACUUUGCAGCUUUUGAUUCCCCCAAUGCGCCGCCACUCGCUGUGACCACGUCCAUGCAGACGCAUGUCAACUGGGACCUCGUCCGCCGGCCCACAAGCUUAGAAAAUUUUAGUAUCCGCACCAACUUGGAUACGAGCCACGUCGCAUGUCUUCGCAUAUUCCCCGGUAUCAAGCCGGAGAUGGUGGAUGCGGUUCUGCAAUUGGAGGGGUUGCGCGGGCUUGUCUUGGAAACGUUUGGGGCUGGCAAUGCUCCCGGGGGGCGAGAUGAUGCCAUGACGAAGGUGCUGGCGAGCGCCAUUCAACGGGGGAUUGUCAUCAUAAACAUCACACAGUGCCUCACGGGUCAUGUGAGCCCCGUAUAUGCGCCUGGGAUGACGCUCUUUCGAGCGGGCGUAGUGGCAGGACAAGACAUGACGACUGAAGCUGCGCUUACGAAACUCGCGUAUCUGUUGGCAUUGCCAGACUCGACAUCGGCAUCCGUUGCGCGUGACAUGGCCAACUCGAUACGCGGAGAGCUCACGUCACACUCGCAGGCUGUCUUCCGGCAUCCAGAUGGCGACGGUCUCUCGGCGCGAACUACGACGCUUACGGCACUCGGGUACGCAAUAGCGCAAGGAGAUCUCGAGAAGGUGCAAGAUUUGAUGAAGGGGGAGAACAAUCAGGUGCUUAACGACAGCGAUUACGCAGGCAACACGCCGGUGCACAUUGCGUCACAUUCGCCGUCGCUCGAAAUUCUCCGCUAUUUUCUUCUACAGGGCGCGUCAGUGCAUCUCCGGAAUCGCGCAGGUCGAACGCCACUGUUCCUAGCAGCCAACGACGGCCUCGCUGAUCAUGUCAAGCUCCUCCGCAAAUCCGGCGCCCAUCUGCACGCGGACGAGAGGGCGCUGGCAGAGACACAGGCACGACGACGGCCGGGGGUAUGGGCGCUGGCGGGCGUGGGAACGGGGAGUUUGAAGGAGCGGCACGAGGUCGAGAUUCAAUCACAAUCAAGUUUCGACGGCGAUGGGGGUAACAACAAGAUGCAAGCCAUAGCGGGGUCGGCUCCGGCUUGA